AUGUUUCUUGCAAAGGCUUUGUUGGAAGGGGCUGAUCGAGGUCUUGGAGAAGCUCUCGGAGGCCUUCUUGGAGGAGGAGGUCAGAGAGCAGGAGGAGGAAGAGGAGGAAAUAUAGGAGGGAUAGUUGGAGGAAUUGUGAAUUUUAUCAGUGAGGCCGCAGCAGCUCAGUAUACUCCAGAACCGCCUCCCACUCAGCAGCAUUUCACCAACGUGGAGGCCAACGAAAGUGAGGAAGUUAAGCGGUUUCGGCGACAAUUUGUGCAACUGGCUGGACCGGACAUGGAGGUGGGUGCCACUGACCUGAUGAAUAUUCUCAACAAAGUUAUUGCUAAGCACACAGAUCUGAAGACCGAUGGCUUCAGUCUGGACACAUGCCGGAGCAUUGUAUCUGCCAUGGACAGUGACACGACUGGGAAGCUGGGCUUUGAAGAAUUCAAGUAUCUGUGGAACAACAUCAGGAAGUGGCAAUGUGUGUAUAAGCAAUAUGACAGCAACCAUUCUGGGUCUCUGGAAAGCUCUCAGCUGCGAGGGGCUAUACAGGCAGCAGGCUUCCAGCUGAAUGAACAACUCUACCAAAUGAUUAUCCGCCGGUAUGCCGAUGAAGAUGGGAGUAUGGAUUUUAACAACUUCAUCAGCUGCCUCGUUCGCCUGGAUGCCAUGUUUCGUGCCUUCAAAUCUCUGGAUCGAGAUGCUGAUGGCCUCAUUCAGGUGUCUAUCCAAGAAUGGCUGCAGCUGACCAUGUAUUCCUGA